AAUAAUCGGAAAUGUACAAAAACAACUUGGCUCUUCUGAAUGGCCGAAACGAAUAAGUUGAUACCUAAACUCGAGGUUAUUACGGAGUAUAUAGAUUACUGUAUUCUUUUCUUAAUACGAUCGUUUAAAUAACAAGCAUUGUUGGAAAUAACCCAUUUUUAUUGAGGGAAAAAAAACAGUAACUCAGUUCGAAAAAUAAACAGAAAGGCGAUUGUUUAUUUGAACGUCAUAAAUUUUUUUCAAAAGAAUGGUACGAGAGAGGAAACAUUUGAGUGUUACAUCUUUGAAUUUUAGUGCAGCAGUGAAAUAAAUGACAGCUUAUUUUCGAAAUUUAUCUUGACUGUCAGAUGUCAUUACAUCUUGUAAUAUAUAUAGAACUGAAAUUAGGAUAGGUAUGCAUAACUAUUCAUAAAUUUCUCCUCUGAAAUCUUUCAAAUAAGUAUUCGUAUUUUAAUUUAAUUUUCGGAAUUAGUUACUUUUUUGUAAACAGGAAAUAUGUUCAGCAGCGCUGCUUUUAUAGUUAACUUAACGAUGGGGUUACUAAAUAAAAACAAUAAUCUUUAACAAUAACCUACAUUGAAGUAUCUACAUAUUCGUUUCGACCAUUUAUGAGAGCCAAGUUAUUUUUGUAUAUUCUCUAUUACUGCUCGUUUCAUUUGAUUAGACUUUUGACUACUUCACUACAUCUCAUUGUUUCACCUAACUACAUUACUAUGUUAUCAGAUGAUAAUGAGAAAGAUACUUCAUUGAAGAAUAUCAACGUAAUUAUCAACUUUACAUGACUAAAAAUAACUUUAUCAAGCUAAUGUCUGCCCGUUUUUAUAAGUUGAAUUAAAGUGAAGUAUUUGUUUGAUUGCAAUUAUAUGCAAGAGUUGCCACACAAAUGUUAACUGGAAGAUUUACCCUGAAGCUUUAACUGUCUUAUUUGAAAGGACUUUGAUAUCUGGAUAUAUCUUAACUGAAACUAAUGAUCCUUAGCUGCUGAUUAUUAAGCACAAGAUACCAUCUUAAUAAAUCAAUUUGAAGGUCUUUCUGAAGAAACAAAAUAUCAGCUGAUUUUUAACGAAGGCCAUCAUACAGGAAAAUAUAGAUUAAGAAAAUUAUGGAUGAGAAAACAGAGUCUAAAAAUGAUGAUUCAUCAAAUGAGACACAUGAAAAUACAGAAGUGAAUUUGUAUGCUUGUGAUAUAUGUGGGAAGUUAUUCACUACAAGUAAUUUAUUAUCUUCCCAUAAAUGUAUUCACACAGGUAAAAAACAGUAUCACUGUGAUGUUUGUGGCAGGGCAUUCUCUCAGAGUGGCAGUUUAAAUUCCCACAGGCGUACUCACACGGGAGAAAAACCAUAUCACUGUGAUGUAUGUGGUAAAAAUUUUACUCGGAAGGAUAAUUUAACUACCCACAGACGUAUUCACACAGGGGAGAAGCCAUACCAUUGUAAUGAGUGCGGUAAGGCAUUUUCUGAGCUUGGUAAUUUAGUUUGCCAUAGACGUAUUCACACAGGAGAGAAACCAUACCACUGUGAUGUCUGUGGUAAAGGAUUUGCUGAACCUGGUAAUUUAGUUACCCACAAACGUGUUCACACAGGAGAGAAACCAUAUCAUUGUGAUAUCUGUGGUAAAUCAUAUUCUGGACGUUCUAAUUUAUCUACCCACAAACGUAUUCACACAGGAGUGAAGCCUUACAAAUGUGAUAUCUGUGAUGAAACAUUUUCUUCAAGAGGUCGUUUGUCUUGCCAUAUACGCAUUCACACAGGAGAACGUCCAUACCAUUGUGAUAUCUGUGAUAAAACAUUCUCUCAAAGUGGUCAUUUCUCUCGACACAAACGUAUUCACACAGGAGAGACCCCAUAUCACUGUGAUAUCUGUGGUAAAACAUUCUCUGAAAGUGGUCAUUUUUCUCGACACAAACGUAUUCACACAGGAGAAAAACCAUACCAAUGCGAUAUCUGUAGUGAGACAUUUUCUAGAAGUGAUAAUUUAACUCAACACAAACGUAUUCACACAGACGAGAAACCAUAUCAUUGUGAUGUCUGUGGCAAAACAUUCUCUGAGACUGGUAAUUUAGCUUCCCACAAAUGUAUUCAGAUAGGAAAGAAACCAUACCACUGUGAUAGCUGUGGUAAAACAUUUUCUCGAAGUGCUGAUUUGUCUACCCACAAACGUAUUCAUACAACAGAGAAAACAUAUGAAUGUGAUAUCUGUGAGCAAACAUUUUCUACAAUGGGUCUUUUAUCAUGCCACUUGCGUAUUCACACAGGAUUUAAGCCAUACCACUGUGAUAUCUGUGAUAAAACAUUCUCUCAAAGUGGUCAUUUCUCUCGACACAAACGUAUUCACACAGGAGAAAGGCCUUACCACUGUAAUAUAUGUAGUGAAACAUUUGCUAGAAGGGAUAAUUUAACUAAACACAAACGUAUCCACACAGAAGAGAAACCUUAGCUAUGGGAUAUCUGCUGUCAAAUAUUUUUCGUACAAGUAGAAAUUUGUUUUAUGAAUUGGAUUUUACCAAUGCAACUUUUACUAUUCAUUAUUCUAUGCUGACAGUCUUUCUUUUAUCAUAUUACAUCUAUUCUUUUCACUGAGUAUUUAGCUAACCAAGCAUUUCAUUAUUCUACAGUUUGCUAUGCCUGCAGAUCUAGAGCAUCUGUAGUACAAGACCUCCUUUAGCAUGUCAAGAUUCCUACAUCCUUGGUCAAUCUUUCUUUGUACAUCAUAUUAAACUUCUGCCUGUGUCUUACUGUCAUUUCCUAAUUUGUGCAGAGUGUUUUUACUUUUUGUUGUAAAAGCAUUUUCAGAAUAACAAAUAUAGUAAUUUGUUUAUAACUGAAAAUAUGUCUUCCAGUUAUAUCAUGAGAAAUAUAUCACUUGUUCUGUCUUAACACAAACUAUCUUAUUUGAGCUAACAUUACUUAUACUGACUUUACUAAAAAAAAAAAUCUCACCUAUUUUACUAGAUUCUGUCAUUUACCUCUAUUGUAUUCUUUUUUCUGUACCUUUGUUAUAAUUGAUGAUACAGUACAUUAUGGAAUAAAUUACUCUGUACUAUCUAAUUAACUGUGUAUCUAACAGAGCAACACUAAAUCUUGAUGCUAUCUGUAUCUCUGAUAGACCUGGUACUUUUCUUACCUUUAUCAUUUUAUUAGGCUUAUUUCUAACACUGAGGCCAAACUUGAUCUCUGGGCCAUUUACUGAUUCCACUUGGAGUAGUUUCUCAUCAUCCAACUCUUCUCUUUCAACUACCACACAUAACAUUUCCAUUCCUCUUGUCACUGUUAUUGAAAAUAAGUACACCAGUAUCCUCUCCAUUGACAUUCUGGCUUAUAUGAACAGAUUAGGCAUUUGGGCUGUUUUUAUAAAUUAGUGAGCAGUACAAAAAAUGUUUCUAUGGCCUUUAAGGUUUCAGUCUUAUAUCUCACCAAUAAUUGGUAAGAAUGAUAUGGUUCCUGUUGUAGUCCAGUAUUCGACAGAAAUGUAUGCAUAUGAGCAGAAUUCCUCAAAGGGUGUAUUUCUGGAGCAGAAGACGAGCAAAGUGCAAGAUGUGACUUGUAACUUCCCCCAACCCCUCAAAAUAGGUUGUUAUAUUUGUAUUAGAAGAGGCAGAGAGAAGCAACUGCUCAUUUGUGUUGUGUGUUGGUGAGUGAAUCAGUGUUUUAGAUGUGAUCUAGGAUGAUUGUGUGUGUGUACAGCAGCGGUACAUCAGAGUGGCUUUUACUUGAGCUCUGUGUAGGUCCUAAAGAAGAGUCCUAGUGUCUGUGAUGCUAAAUAAGCAAGAUUGUUAUGAUUGAUCAUUAGAAAUUAUGAUAGCACUUCGGACUUAAGUUUUUAGUUUUGCCUUGUUCAUGAUUAAAUCAGAGAUACUAAACUGUUCUUUUGAUAUAUAUAAUGACUCUGUGUCAUUGAAUGCAAAUGGGCUAGGUCCUACAUAGCUGCAAUCCUUAAGCUUCCGGGCAUUGAAUCUCCAAAUAGUAAUUUAUUUCCAAAUUUUCCUUGACUCCAAUAUGAAACUGCUAACCUUAACAUACACUCCUCUCACUCUCUAGUAAGGACAAAAUCAAUCUCUACUUCAUACUUAGCCGACAAGCAUGUUGACUAGAUGGCUUUCUGAAAUUCGUGUUGCAAGUGUUAAGAUAAUGUGUAUCAGAGAAAUCUAGGCAUUUUAAUUGUUCUUUAUUUCUUGUACCAUUUUCAUAACCUCUAUAUUACCUGUGUAUCCUGACAUGACCAUUAAAAUCACCCACUAUAAAGAUAUUAAUUCUUCAGUAUCUUUAACAAGAACCUUAUAAAACCUGUCCUUUUAUCUUGUGAUACAAAAGCAGAGAUUGUAAAUGUUUCAGUGUUGUAAAAGAUUUACUUGAAAUAUUCAUAUUAUGUUAUAGGUAUGUAUGUUCUUGGAAGAAAUGAUAUAUGUGAUAUUUUCUUGAAAUGUGAGCAUAAACCAACAUCCAUAUUAUAACACAAAAUGAUAUUUAAAUAAAGGUUCAACAGAAUUCCAGUAGAUAGCAAUGUACCUGCCAGAACUUUUGGAGAAGCUAAUUCACGCAAUUUGUGUAACUGUCACUAUGAGAAAAUAUAGAAAAUGAAAUCUCAAAAUAAAAUAAAAUGUUGUCAUUAUUUUGGGUUUUCUAAAGUAUUUUUCAUUUGUUUUAAACAUUGUGUAUUUAUUGAUGUUAUGGUCAGCAAUAAAAUUCGUUUAAAGAGAA